AUGACGGUCGAUCAGUACGCCACUCGUUUUAUGGAAAUGGGAAGGUUUGCACCUCAUCUGAUCAGUGCCGAGAAGAUGCAAGCAAGGAAGUUCCAGGACGGUUUGCAAACUUGUAUCCGAGACCAAGCUCAAGCGGAUAGGAAAAGGGGAUUUCCUUACUCGUCUGGAAACAAUAUGGGGAAGCGAAGGGCCCCGGUAACCCCAAGCAAAGGAAAGGGCUUGGUAGUUGGGAAGGCAGCACCCAUUACUCCACCACCUUGUCGCCAAUGUGGGGAGAGGCACAGUGGAGAGUGUCAAAGGGCCUCAGGAGCGUGUUUUAGAUGUGGUCAAACCGGCCAUAUGAUCCGGGAUUGUCAGCAGAUUACGCCUGGAGGAGUGUCGACACCAAAUGCUAAUCCCAAGACUGCAACAAAGGCCAAGGUUUAUGCUAUUACGCCAGGAGAUGUAGACCUAGAAGCUGAUGAGACGGCAGACGCGGGAGUGAUUACUGGUAAAAUUAGAUUGAAGCAGUACGUGGUAUGUGCUUUGUUUGAUUCUAGAGCGUCGAGGUCUUUUAUCUCCAAUAGAUGCGCACGACGAUGUGAGCUCAAGGCUGAGCCAAUGUCUUGGAAGGUUUUAGUAGGUAUCCCUAACGGGAAGGAAUGGACUGGUAGGCAUUAUGCCCAAAUAGACUGUCGAAGGUGGGAGGUUGUGUUUAACUUACCUACAACCGAAAAGAUUUGCUAUAUGCGUGGGUUUGUUCGGCUUGAUCUGUUUACGGUAAUGGCCAAACAAGUCAAGAAGAGUUUGGUGAAUGGGGAUAAUGUCUAUCUAUCUAGUGAUGAUAAGGGGCGUAAAGGAAGGACCUAA